CGCGUGGCCGCCCGUUUCCCCGGGGAGCUGGACUGUAGGGUUUUUAUGGCGUGAUAUCGCCGCCAGACUCGGACCGACCCCCGGCGGCAGUGGGAGGCCCGGGACUGGGCCGAGGCCGCCCGGCAGAUGCCAUCUGUCAGCAUCCUCCCGAGAAAUUCAGCCGAACAGCCGCAGCCAGCCGCCAGGCUAACCCAGCUAACCCAGCUAACUCGCUGUUGUAAGCCGAAGGGGCGAGGGAGCUGUGCUAGCGUAAUCAGCGGCUAUUCCUUGAUAUUGAACAUCACAAAUCUACGUUCACCGCAGCUACAAAGGAUGAGCUGUUCGCCGUGAUACGCUAGCUAUCUGACGCUCCCAACAGCCAUCCCCAACCUGGCCUUCACGCCAGACUCCUUUGAGAAAACGUACUAUUUAUGAUCCCGCUUCGUGUCGGAGCACGAAUACCGUCUCCGAUUAACUAAAUUCAUUUUUUUCGAGGCUGCUCUUCCCUUCGGCCUAACAACCGACAGACAAGGUAGCCGUUUCGCAGCCCCCCCCCUCAUCUAUCUACUGUGGAUUUUAACCGUGAACUGUUCAUUGAACGAGUGGCGUUUUAUCGUAAAUCUGUAUCCGGAAUAAACCAUAAUCCGUUGAAACGUCUUCCGUCAUCCGGCCCCCUGACACAUGUUCUGUAAUCCCGUUUUUCUAUUGUGUAAGUGCGGUAAUGAAACAACUGAAAUGAGAGGCCGACGUGCUCAUCCGGAUCAUUUCGGCGGGCAUGACUGUUCGCGUGUUUGAUUCCGACGCUUCCUCGCCACACGAGGGAAAGUUCGUGCUCCCUAAGUCCGCUGCGUGUAACCCGCGGCUACAGUCGGACGCCAGUUUGCGGAGAAAGAUUUCUCAAGAAGCCGUAGUGAGCACACGGAGUAGGCAGCACUGUUAAAGUAAAGUAAAUGGAGCUGGCGGGCAGCGUCUGCAAUAUGCAGAAGUGGCUUCAUCACAUCACGCAGUAUUAAAAUGCUGCUUUCAUCAUUAUUCAUCAGUAUUAAUAUUCCAACCGUGUAAUUGUGUCAUAACAUAUCGGAGGGGCCGUUCUGCCUGUGUAGUGAGUACUAACUUUUAUGCUUUAAAGUACACGUUGCUGAUUAUUUUUUGAAUGCCACACUUUUACUUGUAAUGGGGUAUUUCACAUGGUAGUAAUUUUACUUUUGACUUCAGCGAAGUAUCAGAGUACCACCUAUGCCACGGUCCAACGGGGGGUAAUGUUCCAGUGUGAUACUGUCUUGUGCCUUUGUGUCGUAAAUACAAACUCUAAAUUAAGAACUAUUCCUGAUUCCAUGAUUUAGGAGACGAAAGGGCAGGGUGAAAGCACACUGAAUUCCCUCUGCCCUCAGCCAACUGUCAGUUUCACUUCCCUCCUCUCAAAAAGGUUAAAAAAUUAGAGGCUGAAACGAUGAGUUGUCAAUCGGCUACGCGAUCGGCAAAAAUGGAACCAAUGGUUUUAACAUCGUUUUCAAACUAAAUUGCAAAACAGUACCUAGUUCCAGCCUCUUGAAUUAAAGGGAUUUGUUGCUACCCCCCCCCCCAGUGGCUCGAAGACUGUAAUUGCGACCAAAGGGCUUCUACGAAGCAGAGGUGUCAAAAAUAGAGUAUAGCUGUGACCAAAAAGCUGUAAGCCCAAGCCACAGCGCAAACUUUACCACAUUCGUCUAUAGAGCUGGAAUGCGACUGGAUGAAUUUCUGCUCCACAGGAAGCCGAUACGUAUUCUGGGAAAACUCUAAUAAAAAAUCCGAGAACAUUUAAAAUAAUACCGUGAAAAAAGAGUGGCCAAAAAAACCCCCCCACAACAAUCGACCACAGCAUGGUGAUGAAUCGUGAACCUGUGAGACUAAAAGCUGGGUAAUUCUCAAACGUUUCCUAAAACCCAAGGCCACGUCGUCACGCUGCUUGUUUUGCCGGACGAACAGUCCACAACCCAAAGAUGUUCAGUUUACAGGGAUAUAAAAUGGAGACAAGCAGCGAAUCCUCACAUCAGAGUAACUGGAAGCAGCAACUGUGUGGCAUCUCGAUUAAGCAACUAUCAAAAUAGUUGCCGAUUAAUUGUCAACUACUCAAUUAUUUGACUAGCUGGUUGAUCCCUAAAUAGUUUUACUAAUAUCCUACCUCGGUAGGUGGCAUUAGUACUUGUUGCUGUUUGUCAAAAUCCCUGUUUUCCCGGCAGAGAUGAUGAGUGAGGAGAAGAGUCGAGCCACCCUGGCCGUGAUGUUUCUCCUCGCCGCGAGUUUGUCCGGCGGCGACCUUUCUGCGGGUUCAGACUGCGGCCCGUCCCCCACAGAGGCAAACGGCCCGGCGCGUUUACUGUCGGCCGUGGUCGACACACGGAGGGCGGAGCGGAGCCAGAGACAACACCUGGAGGCUCUGUUCAACAGAUAUGGAGAAAAUGGCACUAUCUCUCUGGCCGGGCUGAAGCGUCUCUUACAGAGUGUGGGCGUGGAUCGCAUCAGGACUGUUGUGGUGCAGCAUCACGAGCAACCAGGCCACCAUGAUCACCACCAUCACCACCACCACGAAGGUCACCACAAUCAUCACCACCAUCUCAGCGACGGCAACAGCAGCAACUCGCAUCAGCAGAAACACAUCUCCGCCGAACCCUCGCAGCCCGGAAAGUUUCCAAAGACUGCCGAAAAUCCAGAUGGCACGCUGGGAAAGAAAACGGAGUACCCAGAGAGCCAUCACAACCUGUACGAUAAGAAGACCGCGGCGGCGGCAGCUCCGGAGGUUAGCACUACGGCAGUGUACAGCGCCCAGCUGGUGGUGAAACCAGACGAAGCUCACAAGAGACGACGCAGCAUCCUCGAACAGCGCAGUCUCGCAGGGGAGGAAACCACCAGUGCGAUGGCUGCCACACCGGUCACUGAAAGCCAGACGCAAGCAGCUGCAAUCAGCCGGGGGGACGACCGCAGCCACGACCAUGACCACGACCACGACCACGAUCACGAUCACGAUCACGAUCACGACCACGAUCACGAUCACGAUCAUAACCAUAUGAACCACAGCCUGGAGAACGUAGAGUGUCUGAACGCCUCCAGCAUCCUCUCCUCACAUGGGAUGUCUCAGGAGGUGGGUGUGACCCUCAGAGACUUCAGCUACCUCUGCCCCGCCCUCCUCAACCAGAUUGUUUUUGGAGCAUGCAUCCUGCACGGAGACGCCUCCGAACACGGGGAGAGAGACCAGAAACACCAUAAACAUGCUCACGGUCACCAUGGUGACCACAACCACUCAGCCCAUGACCACAGCGACCGCACUGGUGGAGAAAUUGGCAAGAACAUUGCAACAGCAUGGAUUGGUGGCUUCGUCUCCAUCACGAUCAUCAGCCUGCUCUCACUCCUCGGCGUCAUCCUCAUCCCGCUCAUGAACAGAGUUUUCUUCAAGUUCCUCCUCAGCUUCCUGGUGGCGCUGGCUGUCGGCACGCUCAGCGGCGACGCCUUCCUUCAUCUCAUCCCCCAUUCUCAAGGAGGCCACCAUCACCACCAUGAGGAUUCUGGGAUGAAUAUGGAGGGACAUCACCUCCACGAUGGGCAAGACGAAAACCUGGACGCUGUGUGGAAGGGCCUGACGGCUCUGGGUGGAGUCUACUUCAUGUUUCUCAUUGAACACUUCCUGACGCUGGGAAAAAUGUACAAGGACAAGAAACAAAAGAUCCAGAAGAAAUGGGAUCAGAAUGACAAAGCAGAUCCAGAGAAGCAGCCUGCUCUGGAAGAGACUGACCUGAAGCCGCCUGAAGACGUGGAGACUAACGGCGCUGGUACGUUCGGAGGCCACUCGAGCAGCCUGCACGACGGCAGCGUGGCAGAGGAGGAGCAGGUCAUGUUGGCGCCACAGGUGUCCAUCGUCUCGACGCAGGGUUACGGACGAGCAUCGGGCGCUGCCGCCUACACCUCCGAGGACUGCGAGAACAAAUGCCACUCCCACUUCCAUGACACAGUGGGCCAGGCCGACAGCAUGCACCACCACCACCAUGACUACCACCACAUCCUGCAUCACCACCACUCCCAGAACCACCACCCGCACAGCCACUCCCACUCCUACUCAGAGCAGCACUUCCAGCAGGCCGGCGUGGCCACACUCGCCUGGAUGGUCAUCAUGGGAGAUGGACUGCACAACUUCAGCGACGGCCUGGCUAUCGGAGCUGCUUUCACUGAGGGUCUGUCCAGCGGUCUCAGCACAUCAUUGGCUGUUUUCUGCCACGAGCUUCCUCACGAGUUAGGUGACUUUGCGGUGCUCCUGAAGGCUGGCAUGACGGUGCGUCAGGCCAUUCUUUAUAACGUGCUGUCGGCCAUGAUGGCCUACCUGGGCAUGGUGACCGGUAUCUUGAUCGGACAUUACGCAGACAACAUCUCCAUGUGGAUAUUCGCACUCACAGCCGGACUCUUCAUGUACGUGGCUCUGGUGGACAUGGUGCCCGAGAUGUUGCAUAAUGAUGCCGGGGACCACGGCUUCAGCCACUGGGGCUUUUUCCUGCUCCAGAACGCCGGCAUCCUGCUGGGUUUCUGCAUAAUGCUGCUGAUCGCCAUUUUUGAGCACAAAAUCCAGCUGGACCUGGGGUACUGAAGAUGAAGUGUUCAGUCCUGAGCUCCACGUGCAUUCCAGCGUCUCCGUUAGAAGUGUAGUGUGUUUUUUAUUUGUUGUUCUAGACAGGCCGAGUACAGUCAGCUUGAUUUAGUUCGUGUUUUCCAUAUCAUGUAAGUCGAGGCACCGUUUCUAACACAGAAAUGGAAUGUAACGUAGAAGUCGCCGUGUUGACCCCUCUCUCUGCUCUUUUAGCUUGACGGGAACAGAAGCUACACGUUCAGGAGCUUCUGAGGCUCAAAUGUCUGCUGCUCGAACAGAGAACAGGGGAAAAAAAUAGCUGAGAUAGUGUUUUCAUUUUUUUUUUUACUUCGGUUUAAUAACAGGCAGCAGUUUCUCCCUGUGUCGACAAACUCGUGACCCCAAGUAGGAGAUAAGUCUACAAAACCAACAGUCCCCAGUCGUAAAGGCUCUUGUCACCACAACGCUCAUUUGAUCAUUUUUACUAGUUAGCAGUUCAUUUUUACAACAAAUCCACAAAAGGUGGAAGCAGCAUGAGAAAACUGCACUUCGACCUUUUUUUUCCUUUUCGCCAUCAAUUCCCUUUUUUCCCCCAUUAAGUCUGAUUUUGUCGUAUUUUUUUUUAAUUUAUCUGACUUGUUGGAGGUGUUUCUGCUGCAGAGUCAAACCAGAUCAGUAUUAUACUAGAUACCCAAAGUGCCGAAACAGACCCACUGUUAGUAAAACACCGUACUGGGUAACAAUUUUACAUUUGGAGGUUCCUCCUGUAGGCGCUCAAAAUGGUGUGUUCAAGAGAUUACUUUUGUCCUUGCCAAAAGUAAUCUCUGUAUGCAAUGUUGUUGGCUGUGAUCAACCAUCAUUUUGCAUUGUUGACUAUUCCAUUAAUUGUUUUGUUUUUAAAAUGUCCGAAAACCGUCAAAACUGCGCCUUGUUUCUACCAGAGAAGAGGCUGACCUGUUACAAUCGUUUAUCAGGAAAAGAAAAAUACAAAAUCCUCAAAUGUUACAAGCUGAAACCAGGAAACGUUUGGCAUUUUUGCAUAGAAAAAUAAUUAGCAACUGUUUAUUAUUGUUGCCGAUUCGGUUUCAGCCCUAAUUGUGAUCAGUUCUGAGAGCCACCCCCCCAGUGUGUUCCAUGUGGCUUAUUACAGGAAACAGAAGGCGGGAGUGGUUUGACGUACGCCAUACCACGCCGCUACUGUACGCUGCCCUAAAUUGAAUUCAGUUCAAUUAAAACGUUAUUGGUGCCAUACAGUCCUGCCGGAAGUCACCUACCGACUUCCUCGGCAGAUUAAAAGUCCGUCUCAGGACCUUCUGAGGCUGGUGAACCAGAGCGAGAGUAUGGAGCCAUUCUGUAAAUUUCAGGAGGUAGUUUGGAAAUAGGUGCAAGCGCUACAGAAGAAAUGACAGCAUUUUAUUUAGUCAUCAGACGGAGGAGGAGGAGCGUCACACUGAGAUGUGCCGAGUCCUCGGGUGCUUAUGGGAAAUAUAAUGUUACAUGUUCUGAAACCUGGACUUGGUGCUGUGGCUCUAAAUCAGCAGGAUAUCCGUCCAUCAGAUGAAGCUGAGUUCAACCUGAUGAAGGAAAAGGUUUCAUAGACCUUAUUGGUUGAUAAUUAACACUCACCGUUGCUGUAACUCUUUGAAUGCUUUGAAAGUUCGUUGGGGUUUUUGUUGGCCGAGAGCUCCUUAAAGGGUUACUAUCAUGUUCUCUCUUGACGGACAAUUCAAAAAUGCCUAAAAUGAAAUCGAAAAAAAAGGACAAAAAGACGCAGCUGUCCGGUUGUCCAGACCACGACAAGGCUUUAGGCUCUAGAUAGAUGACAUCAGUGUUAUCCUUUGAAUAAAGCCCCAGUGUUCGCCGGGAAUGAAACAAAAACUCUGUCAGCCGCGUGUCAAAAAGUGAACUGAAAUAGAUUUUGUGUCAAAUUUCGUUUGUUACAUGUUAAAGUUUGAUUUGAAAGAGCGUUCGCCUGUCAAACAUUCAGUCUCUGCUGUUUAGGAGACGUGUCUGGGCCAAAAUUUCUUUUCUUAAUCUUUCUGAAAUGUGAUAAAAACAAGGAUCCAAGAAACAAAACUGAACCUAGAUGGGUUUGGAUUUGCCCUCUAGUGGGUGCUAUUGUCAAAUCACAGUCUGAUUCUGACAGUUCUGACCUGUACACGUGGAGCUGAACAGGGUCUAAAUUCCUUUUUUUUCUAAUUUUCAGAUUUUUGUAAUUUUUUUUUUGUAAUUUUAAAUACAGAUAAUCCAAAUUUUGACAUGAUGCGCUUAAAUUAACACCACCUUUGCUCAUUU